CUUUUGCUGUCGAGGCUAAAGCUGUUCUAUUUUUACACCCCGGCUUAGGUUUCCGAGUUGUAUCUGAUGUGGUCAAGAUGAUGAUUAUCGUCGUCUGCCUGUUCGUCAUUUGCUGGAUGCCUUUACAGAUGUACAACCUGGUGGAGAUCAUAACGCCUCAAGUCAAUGACUACAAGUACAUCAACAUCAUCUGGUUCACUUCCAACUGGUUGGCCAUGAGCAACUCCUGUUACAACCCCUUUAUCUAUGGGCUUCUCAAUGAGAAGUUCAAGCGUGAGUUCAGACAGCUGUUCGCCAUGUGCCCGUGCUGGAACACGCACGGAGACUACUACACGGAGUACUUCUCAGAGGAUGCCAAUAUUUGCAGGAGGAUGAAUGGCCACGGCUCGACCAACAGCCGUCACGCCGCUGUCCGCUACAACUUCUAUCGUGACGACAAGAAGGUCUACGCCAAGCAGAUCCAGGUCCAAGCAGACGAGACCGAGACCUCCAACAUAUGACAUAAAAAGAAAGGCGUCAUCAUCAAGAUGACGUCAUACGUGUAAG